GAGAGAAAACGCGGCGCUAUUUUAAGCCCAGGAGACUGUGUGUUCAGAGGCGCUGCGUGCGGAUGAAGAGAUCAGACCCGGCUCUUCACUUUCGCCUUGUUUCCUGUCAGCCUCAUCAUCCAGGCUGUCUGUCUCUGCGGAGAGGAUUCCUCACUGCCAUCUCGACAUCAGCAGCUCGUCGCGUAUUAAAGCCAUCUGAUAGAUGCUUGCAGUUAACGUGAGAAUAUUUGGAGUUUGACAGUCAAAGGAAAAUCACAGGCGAGGGAAAUACAGACAGACAGACAGACUGUCCAGUGAUUUCUGUCAUCUGAUCUGCUCAAUAUCAGGACGCCCAGGCGUGAUUGUCUGUGUGACCAACCCAAUGAGGACAUUGUCGGGCAAUGGAACGUAACAGACUUUUGCUCUUUGACCUUUGCCACAUCACAUUAACUUGCCAGGGCUGAAAUCACCACUGGCAACAUCUUACGCUUGUCUUUGUUCUCCUCCCUGUCCCUUCUGUUCACCUGACUCCCUAUUCCUGUCCUAUCUGUCCACAGUAUCUCGUCAACCCAAAAGAAAAAGGAUAACGCUUCUCCUAGUGGAUAACGCUUCUCCACUAUCCUAGUGGACAAUCACUUCGCUCACACACUUCUUGAUUUGAAUGAUAAUAAACAAAAGAAUGGCUAAAGCAGUCAUGCGCCCACCACCCUGUUGCAAGCGGGACUCGGGCUAUGCCUGCAGAUUAGACACUCUCAACUGCGUCUAUGUCCUGUUCCUAGCACUGUGGCUUACUCUAGGCACAUGUCAGCGCACUGAACCCAGUGCCAAGCACCCAGUGGUCAGCACCAACUACGGAAAGCUGCGUGGACUCAAAAAGGAACUAAAUAAUGAGAUUUUGGGCCCUGUGGAGCAGUACCUGGGCGUGCCCUAUGCCACACCGCCCAUUGGAGAUCGCCGGUUUCAGCCUCCGGAGGCACCCGGCUCGUGGCCUGAAGUGCGAAAUGCUACUCAGUUUGCACCCGUGUGCCCACAGAACCUCCACGGCGUGCUGCCUGAGAUCAUGCUGCCCGUGUGGUUCACUGACAGCCUCGACGUGGCUGCUACUUACAUUCAGAACCAGAGCGAGGACUGUCUCUAUCUGAACGUCUACGUGCCCACCGAGGAUGGUCCACUCACAAAAAAACAUGAUGAAUCUACAAUGAACCGGCCACGAGACGAAGAUAUUCGUGACCGCAGGAAGAAACCUGUCAUGCUGUUCAUUCAUGGCGGCUCAUACAUGGAAGGAACCGGAAACAUGUUUGAUGCAAGCGUGCUGGCAGCUUACGGUAACGUCAUUGUGGUCACCAUGAACUACAGACUGGGAGUGCUAGGGUUUCUUAGUACCGGAGAUCAGUCUGCUAAAGGGAACUAUGGGCUCCUGGACCAGAUCCAGGCUCUGCGCUGGCUAAAUGAGAAUAUUGGCCAUUUUGGAGGCGAUCCAGAGCGCAUUACAAUCUUCGGCUCAGGGGCUGGAGCCACCUGCAUCAACCUGCUAAUCCUCUCUCAUCACUCUGAAGGUCUUUUCCAAAGGGCUAUUGCCCAGAGCGGUUCAGCCAUCUCCAGCUGGUCCAUUAACUAUCAGCCACUGAAGUACACCAAGAUCCUGGCACGUAAGGUUGGCUGCUCAUACAGUGAGACGGCUGAUCUGGUGGACUGCCUGAGGAGAAAAAGCUUCAGGGAGCUAGUGGAUCAAGAUAUACAACCCGCACGCUAUCACGUUGCCUUCGGCCCUGUGGUGGAUGGAGAUGUGGUGCCUGAUGACCCGGAGAUUCUCAUGCAGCAGGGGGAGUUCCUGAAUUAUGACCUCUUGAUUGGGGUGAAUCAGGGAGAGGGGCUGAAGUUUGUAGAUGAUGGUGGCUCAGAAAGUGAGGAGGGGAUUUCAGCUGCAGCCUUCGAUUACACGAUCUCAAACUUUGUGGACAACCUCUAUGUUUAUCCUGAAGGUAAAGACAUCUUAAGGGAGACCAUCAAAUUCAUGUACACAGACUGGGCAGAUCGAGAUAAUGGUGAAAUGCGGCGUAAGACCCUGCUGGCAUUAUUUACAGACCACCAAUGGGUGGCUCCAGCUGUGGCCACUGCCAAGCUACAUGCAGAUUACCAGUCCCCAGUCUAUUUCUACACAUUUUAUCACCACUGCCAAACAGAGACACGGCCUGAAUGGGCAGAUGCUGCACAUGGGGAUGAGAUCCCAUAUGUGUUUGGCGUACCCAUGAUCGGCGCAACAGACUUGUUCCCCUGCAACUUCUCCAAGAACGAUGUCAUGCUCAGUGCGGUGGUGAUGACCUACUGGACCAACUUUGCCAAGACUGGGGAUCCUAACCUUCCAGUCCCCCAGGACACCAAGUUCAUCCACACAAAACCUAAUCGCUUUGAGGAGGUCAUCUGGACCAAGUUCAACUCCAAGGACAAGCAGUACCUGCAUAUCGGCCUGAAGCCACGUAUCCGGGAUAACUACCGUGCCAAUAAGGUGGCAUUCUGGCUGGAGCUGGUGCCUCAUCUGCACAACCUGCAAGAAGACCUCGUGCCCAGCACAACCCGCCUGCCCCCACGGCCUCCGCACUGGAAGAGCCCUGAUUCCCGUGCCACACGGCCACCAUAUCCCACUUUUCCUCCAGAUCCAGAUCCCGAGGGUUCAGAGCGCCCAGGUUUUUCUCCAUUUCCUAGUGACGCACGUGACUACUCCACUGAGUUGAGUGUCACAGUGGCAGUUGGUGCAUCUUUGCUGUUCCUUAACAUCCUGGCAUUCGCUGCACUCUACUACAAACGAGAUAGGCGGCAUGAGGCACGGCGUCACCGCCUAUCUCCACAGCGUGGCGUGCCAGCCAACGAUCUGGCACACAGCCAAGAGGAGGAACUCAUGUCUCUGCAGAUGAAGCGCUCUGAGCAACGUGACGUGGAGCCACUGCGACCAGCAUGUCCACCAGACUACACUCUGGCACUACGGCGGGCACCAGAUGAUGUUCCUCUUAUGACUCCUAACACCAUUACCAUGAUACCUAGCAGUAUUGCAGGCAUGCAGCAGCUCCACGCCUUCAGCGCCUUCCCCGCCACCACUGGUCAUAACAACACACUGCCUCACCAGCACUCCACCACCCGUGUAUAGUACUGCCCUCUUUUCCUGUCCCUUCUACAUCUUUCUCUCUCAUCCUGGUAAAGAAGUACAAUGGGGCCUUCUGGUGGUCUUCUCAUAGACACACAAGAACAGCAAGAAUGAGCUGUAAAUGUUGGCAUGAGACGAGCUGCUUUUUCAGAGAAGACAAGGCUACAAUUAGCAAGGACAUAAUGUCCAUUAGUGAUUGUUUUGGAAUUUUAUUCCACAGCGGUAAGCAGUAGGCCACCAGGGAAAAUGUGACUGUCCGAUUCAGA